CGUAUAAUUUCAAAAUUCAUGUUAUUGGAAUUAAAAAAAGGAACUCAAUAUUGUGUGCUUCAACCAACCUUAAAUUCCCAAAUUCAUAACCCUAAAUUCUUAAGUUCAAUUCGAAAACUCUAAAUCUCAUCUCUCAAUUCUUAAGUUCAACUCAUUUUUCCUCGCAUUGGCAGUAGCAACUACCCUUUUGCCCAAAACAUCCAGACUUUGCCAUCACCCAAGAUCACCGACUUUCCACCUUCCGGCAGCGAUUUCCGGCAACCCGGCACUGUUCUUCCCUUUUCUCAAUCGUUUAGUUCUGGAGCAGCGAGUGAUUGAUCAGAAGAUGAACCAGAAUCAGCCGCAAUCAAGUUCAAGUGAAGGAAGGACAGAUGAUGAUUCUGCACUUUCCGAUUUCCUAGCUUCCUUAAUCGAUUAUACUCCCACUAUACCCGAUGAGUUGGUAGAGCAUUACUUGGCCAAGAGUGGCUUUCAAUGUCCCGAUGUUCGAUUGACCAGAUUGGUAGCUGUUGCCACUCAGAAAUUUGUUGCAGAAAUUGCAGGCGAUGCUCUCCAGCACUCCAAAGCAAGGCAAGCAUCAAUUCCAAAAGACAAAAGGGACAGGCAACAAAAGGAUAAGCGCCUAGUUUUGACUAUGGAAGAUUUAUCGAAGGCACUGCGUGAGUAUGGCGUGAAUUUAAGGCACCAAGAAUAUUUUGCUGACAGCCCAUCUACUGGAAUGGAUCCUGCUACUCGAGAUGAAUGAUUACUUUCUUGUUUAAAUUAUUGUUGAGACUUCUACAUUCUAAGUUCAGCCUUUAUUAUAUCAAUGUGGUAUUGAGUCAGUUCCACUGACAUGCUGAGAAUUAAAAUAUCAAAAAUCAAAUUAUGAAUUUCAAAAAAUUCAAAA